AUGUCGGAACUCCUCACCACCUUUCGCCUUUUCUCUCAACUACCGUUCGAUAUCAGACUGUUGAUUUGGGAAGAAGCCAUUGAAGCACUCCCCGGAAGAAUCAUCCUCCUCCAUUAUGAGAGCUAUACACCACCUCUGGCUCAUCCCCGUGGUUACGGACACACUCUUCAAUCCAAGCCCAAUCUCUACUAUGCUUGUCGAGAAUCCAAGAAAGUAUACGAUGCAUAUCAAGCCCAAAAACGAUCAGGAAAUUCUGCAUUAUUUGUCGGAGCUCCACUUUCAGGAGAUGGGCGUUCGGAAUUUUAUCAAGGUUUCCCACCUGUCUCCUUAACGAUACCCAUGAAUUUUGCAAAAGACAUCCUGAUAUUUCCCCGCGCAGAUGACGACGUACUCGAGGAAUUGGUCCGACUCAUCGGAUCAGAAAACCGCGACAAGAUACGACACAUUGGGAGCCUUGUUGGCCAUAAUCUAGAUGCUCAAUUCGACACAUAUUUCGAUUUGGUUGAUCUCCAAAUAUCCUUCAAAAAUCUAGAGACCAGUUCAGCUGUAAUUGAUAUCGAAUGCAUGCAAGACGCAACACUGAAGUCAGCCUUGGCUGAGAACGCCCAUACGUUGGUACCAGUUACGGGUCUUCUUCCGGACACAAUGGAACGUUUACGUAAAUUUUAUUCGAUCAUGGAUAUGCGCCAACUGGAAGAACAGCAAUUGCAUCAACAUCUUCCUUCCUCCACAGCUACUAGGCUGGUGAAGAUUGAGCCCAUGCUGAUGAAGACAUUCUAA